ACAUACUUUUUCUUCACUCUUUUUUUGAGAGGAAAGAGUGAAAAUCUCAAGACAUUUAGUAGUUAAUAAACGUCUCUUUAAUUAUGGCCUCGGCGGUUUUUCCUGAUCUUUACACAUCAGGAUCUCGAGUGUGGGUACCUGACGCCGCUGAAGUCUGGAAAUUAUUUCAUAUUAAGGACAACUUUGUUCCAGAUACUCAAGUUCUUGUUGUCACUGAUGAAGAUCAGCAGGAAGUAACCUUGAAAAUUGAAAGUAUCGAUAAGUUACCCCCUCUUCGCAAUCCAGAUGUAUUGAUUGGUGCUAAUGAUUUGACCAGUCUGUCUUAUCUCCAUGAACCUGCUGUUCUACAUAAUCUUAGAGUUCGAUUUCUCGAUCAACAAUCAAUCUACACUUGGUGUGGUAUCGUGCUUGUUGCUAUUAAUCCUUUUGCCGAGUUAGACAUAUACGGAGAAGAAACAAUAAAAACAUAUCAUAGGUCAUUGGGAACCAGUCAAUUAGAUCCUCAUGUUUACGCGGUCGCUGAAGAUGCUUAUUCCAAAUUGGAAAGGGAAAAUUGCAAUCAAUCAAUCAUUGUUAGUGGAGAAAGUGGCGCUGGUAAAACAGUUUCCGCCAAAUUUGCUAUGCGAUACUUUGCUUCCAUUGCUGGUAGUCAUUCAUCAAACAUUGAAAACAAAGUUCUUGCUAGUAAUCCAAUCAUGGAAGCCAUCGGUAACGCCAAAACUACUCGAAAUGACAACUCCUCACGGUUUGGUAAAUAUAUUCAAAUCAUGAUGGAUCCUCAAACAAGAUCCAUUAUUGGUGGUAAUAUGAGAACAUAUUUAUUGGAAAAAUCUCGAGUCUCUUGGCAAAAUGAGGGAGAACGAAAUUUUCACGUAUUUUAUCAAUUGUGCAAUCAUUUUAAAACGGGUGAUUUCAAGUAUCUUAAAUUAUCCGAAGAAUAUUCAUUUUCUUAUCUGGGCAAUGAGCAACCUAAUCCUAGUGAUGAUAUUAGUCGAUUUUAUGAGGCAAUGCAAUGCUUAGGAUUCACCGAAAAGCAACAAUCAACAAUAUUUCAAAUUAUAGCUGCCGUUCUGCACGCUGGAAAUAUCCAAUUUCGUCUGGUUGAUGAUGAAUCCUGUACAAUUGAUCUGCAAGAUCCACAUUUAAUUAGUUUUUGUGAAUUACUCGAUUUGGAUGAUUCAGCAGCUGUCAAGUGGCUGACCAAUAAAGUUAUUAGAAUGGGCAGAUCAGAGGUUAUUGUGACUCCAGUUAGUAAAAAUUCCGCGCAAUAUGGCAGAGAUGCAUUGGCCAAAUAUAUUUAUGAAAAGAUGUUCCUAUGGAUUGUCUCACUUAUUAACAAAGCUUUGGGUCCUUCUGAGAAAAAUUCGUCUUCCAAUGUGUUCAUUGGUGUUUUAGAUAUUUAUGGCUUCGAGCACUUCGAUAUAAACAGUUUCGAACAGUUUUGUAUCAACUACGCGAACGAGGCUCUACAACAGCAAUUCAAUCAGCAUGUUUUCAAGCUGGAACAAGAAGAAUAUAUUAGAGAGGGAAUCGAUUGGCAAUUCAUAACAUUCACUGACAAUCAACCUGUAAUUGAUCUCAUUGAAGCUAAACCGAUCGGAAUUCUUAACCUUUUGGAUGAAGAAUGUAAAAUGCCAAAAGGAACGGAUGAAACUUGGGUAUCUAAGCUUUAUGCUCAACUUACGGUUGGACCCAUAUUCCAAAAACCUAAAUUUGGAUCCAGAAACACCUUCAUAAUACAACAUUUUGCCGAUAAAGUUGUCUAUCACGCUGAUGGAUUUCUCGAAAAAAAUCGUGACACUGUUUGGGAAGAGCAAAUCGAUUUACUUAAACGCUCAAGUAUUAUUGGACCUCUGUUCAUGGAGGAAUCGGGUAUUGAUUCUGCUCCUCAAAAACCAGGACAAAAACUUAAAAUUACUGCAAAUCAACAACAGCAACGACAACAGAAAAUUGCCAAAGCUACAGUUGGUUCACAAUUCCGUGAAUCUUUAGCUGCUCUUAUGAAAACUUUAAAUGCCACUACACCUCACUAUAUAAGAUGUAUAAAGCCAAAUGACAACAAAGGAGCUUUUGAGUUUCAUAAUAUUCGUGCGAUUCAACAACUUCGAGCCUGUGGUGUCCUUGAAACAAUCAAAAUAAGUUCUAAUGGAUUUCCAUCGAGAUGGACUUACUCUGAUUUUGCUGCUCGAUAUAGAGUGUUGUUGUUUGGAGUUAACAAAUCAAAGAAACAAUCUGAAACAGAGCCUGCUUCAUGUCCGAGAAAAUUGGUUCGAGCUGGAUCAACAGCAUCGCCUGAAGUUAAAGCUCUUUGUUUGGAAAUCAUUAAACUCGUAUAUGAGCAACAAUAUUAUUCUCAGUAUAGAAUCGGCCAUGAAACGGCCAGUCGCGUGCAACAAACUCUUUACCAAUGUGGUAAAACUAAAAUAUUUUUCCGAUCAGGGCAAGUUGCUCUCCUUGAACGUAUAAGAACUGAAAGGUUACGAGAAUGUGCUACUAUUUUACAACGAAACAUUAAAGGAUGGAUGGCUCGUAGACGUUUCUUGAAAAUCAAAGCAUCAGUUUUACGUUUGCAAUGUUUGGCUAGAGGUUUGCUUGCUCGUCGUCUCUAUCAACAUUUAAGAUGUACCAAGGCUGCUGUCAUGAUUCAAACGAAUUGGCGAGCCUAUAUUGCUCGUAAAAAGUAUCUCAAACUCAAACAAUUAGCUUAUGGACUACAGAAAUAUGGUCGUGGUUUACUCGCUCGUCGCAAAUUCUUGCUCAUUAAGCAAAAUUUGGCUGCAAUCGUGAUACAAAAGAAUGUGCGUAUGUUCAUCGCUCGACGAAAAUAUCUUGCUACUCGACAAAAGAUUAUAAUUGCACAAUCUCAAGUACGUCGGUGGUUAGCUCGGCGUGAACUUAAACGACUCAAAGUAGAAGCGCGUAGUGUUGAACAUGUUAAAGCGCUCAACAAAGGAUUAGAAAUCAAAAUUAUCGAGUUGCAGCAAAAGAUUCAGGCAUUAACUAUGGAAAGAAUCAAAUUCAAUCAAAAGGAUAACGAGAUAGAAGAAUUGAGGAGUGACAAAAUUAAAAUGGAAAUCGAGAUUAAAAACCUUCACAACAAGCUAACAGCUAAUGAAACAGAUUAUGAGAAGCUGACAAACGAACUGGAAAUCAAUAGUAAACGUAUUCAUGAACUCGAGGAAUUGGUUAAACGUAAAGAAAAAGAAAUUGCUGAUCUAAGAGUCAAUCAAGAACUGGUAGAGAAGAAAUUCGAUGCUCAAGCUCUUGAAAAAGCAUUGGCCGAAAAGGAGAAAAUUUUGGUUGCUAAAUUUGAACGGGAACGAAAGAUUUUACUGGACGAGAGAGAAUCAGAAAAAUCUGCUCAUCAACAAUUACUUCGCAAAUAUGCUGCUUUGGAGGAAAAAAUGCAAUCUGGUGAUGUGAUUAAUGAUUACGAAGAAAAAGGUCCUGAUAUAUCUACAGUUUCUCUUAUGAUGAGACUAUCGGAACUCGAACAAGAAAAUGCCAAAUUGAAACAUGAAAAUCAAGAAAUGAGAGAAGCAUUCGCAAGCUUUUCAAACAGCAGUGAAUCAUCAACUGCUGCUGCUUUGCUUUCACAGCAAUGUGCAACCCUUCAAUCUGAAUUGGAUCGAGUUCGAGAAGAACGAACCAACUUGAAAACUAUCGUGCUUGGACAAGAAUCUAGUAUUCGAGAACCGAUUGCUGAAAAUGAAGUUUUCUCUGCCUUCAAAUCAAUUAUUAAGCAACUCGAAAAAGAAGUUGAAAUCGAAAAACGAGCCAAGGAAGAGUUAAAAGAGGAAGUAGAUUCUAUACGAUCAAACAGUAGUCUAGGUUACAAAUCAAUGAAAAAUAGCUUGGACUCAGUUGCAUCGUCAAACGAUAGCAGUAGAAUUUUCCAAGAAAAAAUUUUACUCGAACAAAAAUGUAACCAACUAACGGACGAAGUUAAAGCUCUAAAGCUUAAACUUUUGCGGCACAAAGUUUUGGGUGACCAGAAUGAAGAGAAUGAAGCUAACAACGAAACUAAUGCUCCUCCCGAAGACGUUAAAAACACAUUAGGGAUGUUCAAAUACAGCCGUCAAGAUGAGUCUCUCAUUCUUAGGAUGGUUGUAAUCAACUUAGAUCCUAACCAUGCUCUUAAAUUCCCUCCUCAUUUGCCAGCAUUUAUCAUUUUUAUGUGUGUUCGAUAUACUGAUCACAUUAAUAAUGAGUUAAUGGUACGAAGCCUCCUCAAUAAUUUUAUGAUCUCUAUUAAACGCACAGUUAAGAAGCAAAAUAAUCUUGAUCAUUAUGUUUUGUGGUUAGCAAACUGUUGCAAAAUGGUUACUUUUAUUCGCCAAUAUUCAGGAGAUGAAACUUACGGUGUUUUUGACGAGUCUCUUAAAAACUUUGAUUUAAGUGAAUAUCGUCAAAUGUUCGCUGAUUUUUCACAUUGGCUCUACAGUGGUGUAGUUAAACACUCAGAAGAACUGAUCCAAUCACUAAUAGUUCCUGCAAUAUUAGAACACGAAGCAUUGGCUUCUUCAGGGAUCUACUCACAACCUGCGAACACACAAAGGCCUAGUGUUUCGGAGCAAGACAGUCUUCCCAAUUCACCAACCGAAAAGCAUACCGAGGCAUUGAUUCGUGAAUUGUCAACCCUACAUAAAAUUGUGCUGCUUCACGUUAUUGAACCUGAUUUAAUCCACCAAAUUUUUAAACAGUUGUUUUACUUUAUUUGUGCAAGUGCUCUCAAUAAUCUACUUUUGAGGAAAGACCUUUGCCACUGGACCAAAGCCAUGCAAAUAAGAUUUAAUUUAUCUGCAUUGGAACAAUGGGCUCGAGAACAACAAAUACCUAACUGUAAUGAGGUAGUUGAAAAAUUAGAGCCAAUUAUUCAGGCAACAAAACUUCUUCAAGCUAAAAAGACCGAAAGUUCAAUUGAAACUAUUGUUGAAGUUUGUAAUAAAUUAAGCUCAUCACAAAUUAUGAAGAUUCUUACUCUUUACACUGCCGGUGAAGAAGGACCCAUUUCACCUCAAUUUAUUAAACAAGUUCAACUUCAUCUCCAAAAGACACGUGGUGAUGCAAAAUCAUCUAAUCUAUUAAUGGAUACUAAGUUUUCAUUCACUAUGACCAUUCCAUACAACCCGUCGAUCGUGCGAUUCCAAACAAUAUCCAUUCCAAAUGACUUAGUGAAGAAAGGUCUUGGAACUGUUCUUAUUCGAAUUUAAAUGGGAAAUUAAGAUGUGCAAUCAAUCGUAAAUUAAGAGUAAUCAUCGCUAGAAAGCUAAAACUAGGCGAUAAGCAAUUAAGAAUCUGGUUUAAUCUUCUCUAUUACAUUCCAAAUUCGAAUGUGAUCCGUUCUCUUGUUAUCUGUGACUUAAUAUUUCUCUACUAUUUAUUUAACCCUAUUUUCCUCAAGUUAAGUUAAUUAAGUUAAUUACACUCCUUUUCUAUCCUAAUUUUAAUUUAUUUUCUCUUGCUUAGCAAUCUUCAUUCCAGGUUUUCUUCCUUUAUAUUUCUUAUUCCUUUUCUAUUCCUUCGAAUAUUUAUGAUUACCGGUUUUAUUAUUUAAUUUAAAUCAGUAAUCAACGUUGAUCUAUUCCAAUUUAGUUUAUUUUUUCACUCAGGGCCUCAAGGCACAUGCAAUGUUGUUUUAUCUAUCAGACAAUAUCGAGUUAAGCCUUCAUUUUUCGAUUGUCUUGACUUAUUUGAGGUCACAACUAACCAAUAACUAACUCUUAUUUUGUUAGUAACUCUAGAUUAUACAUGAAUAUGUGUUUUGUUUUUUGAAAGAAAUGAGAAAAGAGCAAAGUUGAUUUUUUUUCUUUACAACAAGUGGAAACAUAAUUGUGAUCAUUUCAAGAUUAAUAAGUUUGACUCGACAUAUAAUUUAAUAAUGUCAUCAGAAUGUUGAAAGUGCAAUUUCCUUCAAUUUUAGAUUGUAUCAAAUCAAAAUUGUCUCUUACAGAAAAAUUAGAAUAAACUUGAUGAUUCAAUUAUAGACACUUACUUAAUCUGUUACUAACAUAGACAAUUAUCUAAUAUCAACAUUAACACCAAAGACAUAUUCAUAACUCUCUUAACGGGGACAACAAAACUUAUUUAAUUGUAUUGUAAUCAUGUAAUUGUGAUGAAUAAGUAUCUCUUCAUCGCUUUGAAUUAUUUCAAACAAAACAAAUAAUUGUAAUAGCUUGUUCAAUCAACAUGAUUUAAGUAAUGAAAUGCAGUGAUAAUGAUUAUACUUAAUUUAAAGAUCUGUUGAUGUUGGUUAUUUUGCAUAUUGAAUUUUACUUUGUUUAGGUAACAAAAUUGUUGAAAGAAAUACAAAAAUCCAAUUUAUUUCAUGUAAUGAUGAAGUUAAUUAUUGCGUUUUAGUUAUUUUCAUUAUACUUAAUGCAAAAUAAUGUAACAAUAUGGACAAAUAAAGCAUUCCAGAUUCGCAAUGUU